GUUUAGCCGGCAGGAAGCCGGGCGCGCGGGGGUGGGGCUGCUGCACGGGGGCGGGGCUCGGGCCGCCGCGCAUUGUGCUGCGGCUGGCCGGCGCGGCAGGCCCCGGGCCCGUGCGGUUCCCGGGCAUGGUGAGCAAGAGGCUGUUGCGCCUCGUCUCUUCAGUCAACCGCAGGAGGAUGAAGCUUCUGCUCGGCAUCGCGCUGUUCGCCUACGCCGCCUCUGUUUGGGGCAACUUUGUUAACAUGAGCUCUCUGCUCAACAGGUCUAUCCAGGAAAAUGGUGAACUAAAGAUCGAAAGCAAGAUUGAGGAGAUUGUUGAACCAUUAAGAGAGAAAAUCAGAGAUUUGGAAAAAAGUUUUACCCAGAAAUACCCACCAGUAAAGUUUUUAUCAGAAAAGGACCGGAAAAGGAUUUUGAUCACUGGAGGUGCAGGCUUUGUGGGCUCCCAUCUAACUGACAAACUCAUGAUGGAUGGCCAUGAGGUGACCGUGGUGGACAACUUCUUCACAGGCAGGAAGAGAAAUGUGGAACACUGGAUUGGCCAUGAGAACUUCGAGCUGAUUAACCAUGAUGUGGUCGAGCCGCUCUACAUAGAAGUUGACCAGAUAUAUCAUUUGGCAUCCCCAGCCUCCCCACCAAACUACAUGUACAACCCCAUCAAGACGCUGAAGACUAAUACAAUUGGAACACUGAACAUGUUGGGACUGGCAAAGCGUGUGGGUGCUCGUCUGCUCCUGGCCUCCACUUCCGAGGUAUAUGGAGAUCCUGAGGUCCACCCUCAAAGUGAGGACUACUGGGGCCACGUGAAUCCCAUAGGACCCCGAGCCUGCUAUGAUGAGGGCAAACGUGUUGCAGAGACCAUGUGCUAUGCCUACAUGAAGCAGGAAGGUGUGGAAGUACGGGUGGCAAGGAUCUUCAACACCUUUGGGCCGCGAAUGCACAUGAAUGAUGGGCGGGUGGUCAGCAACUUCAUCUUACAAGCACUACAAGGGGAGCCACUCACAGUCUAUGGCUCUGGGUCUCAGACACGGGCAUUCCAGUACGUUAGUGAUCUGGUGAAUGGCCUGGUAGCACUGAUGAACAGCAAUGUCAGCAGCCCUGUCAACUUGGGAAAUCCAGAAGAACACACAAUCCUGGAAUUUGCUCAGUUAAUUAAAAACCUUGUUGGUAGUGGAAGUGAAAUUCAGUUUCUCUCUGAAGCCCAGGAUGACCCACAGAAAAGAAAACCAGACAUCAAAAAAGCAAAACUGAUGCUGGGGUGGGAACCUGUGGUCCCAUUGGAGGAAGGAUUGAACAAAGCCAUCCACUACUUCCGGAAGGAACUAGAGUACCAGGCUAAUAACCAGUACAUCCCUAAACCCAAGCCCGCCAGAGUGAAGAAGGGCAGGACGCGCCACAGCUGAGUUAGCCUUAGGUUAUGAGACUCUGUUUUACCCGUAUGAGGUGGACUUUUGUGGGAUUUUUUUUUUAAAGACUUAAACAGGUGUCAUGAAGAACAAACUGGAACUUUAUUCUGAAGCUUGCUUUAAAGACACUGAUGUGCCUAAAAGCUCCCUUGAGAGCUGCAGACUUUGCCCUGCGCUUUCUUAUGUACAGCAGCCUAGAUGCAGCUCUGCUAUUUUCAGGUUUUUAUCUUGCUGUUAGAGUGUAUGUUGUAACUGUCACUGACAGUUUUAUUUACUGGUUUCUUUGUGAAGCUGAAAAGAAACAUUAAAUGGGGUGGAUAAUGCCAAUUUUAUUUAUAAAAGUGGGUACUUAUAAAUGAGAUGUUACACUAUGCAUAAAGAAUAAAAAUUGUAGCGGUAUUGUCAGGUGGGUGGGGCACCAGUGUUUAUUUGGGGACAGAUGAAAGAACUCUUUUGGAAAGCUUUGUCUUUCUUUUUUAAUUCAGAAUUUUCUGAAGGUCUAGUUUUCAGUUGUAAACUUGACUUUGAAACAUCCCUGUUCUUGAUCAGAGAUAUUUGAAAUCACUACUGUGUUGUGCUGCAUAUUGGGGUGGGGGGGGACGUUAACAUAUUCUUGGUUAACCAUGGUUAAAUAUGCUAUUUUAAUAAAAUAUUGAAACUCAUCAGUCAUGGGUUUUGAGCUACAAAGAUUGACUUUCUGCUUUACAUCAGAUGUGGGGUUGCUGAGAAUAACACUUGAGAUCUUAGUUUGAAGAAAUACUGAGAACAUCCAGGUUUAUACCAUAUUUAACUUGAUAUGUGACUGUUAGAACAAUCUGUGUGCUAUGUGGGCUGAAUCUGUGCAUAUGAUACACACAUGUGUAUAUGUCUUUAUCAAAUUUCAUGAUUUAUUUUGUUUAACUUGGGAAUAUUUUCCUGAACUAUGCAGUUUGAGCAUCCUCAACCCCAAAGAUGAACUGUUCUGAAGUCUCAAAUCCCAGUGUCUCUUCAGCACUGGGGAUUUGGGCUCCGGUAUGAAGUUUUCAGAACUCAGCCUCGGUUAAGAUCAGUUUUGUGUCCUGUAGCAGCACAAGCCAGGUGGAACAAAAACUUCCAUUUUUCUGGUGUGCAAUUCAAACAAGUUUUGCUGAGUGAAAUGAGAACUUUAGGAGUUUUUAUUUUCAUUAAAAACUCUCUCAAUGUAUGUGCUAGGAUUUUAUUUUGUACCUUAAAAUAAAUUGAAGGAAAACACAGUGCAAAAAAAGCAGUCUAUCUCCAACCAGAUUGGCCCUACAUGGUAGCAACAGCAACCCAGACAGAUGCCCAAGGAAUAAAGGUGUGGACCAGGUGAUAGCAGUGACUAGAAACAGGAGCACAUGUAAUAUCUGAGCUUGGUCUGUUCUUCAAAACCAUGUUGGGCUUUUUUUUUUAAAAAAUGUGUGUGUGUGUGUGUGUGUGUGUGUGUGUGUGUGUGUGUGUGUGUGUAUUAUGAAAGGCUCUAGAAUUAGAAUUAUGAAAGCAUCUAGAAGAUGCUCUGACUCUGUCCUGCUAAAUUUACCAGAAGAUUCUGAAACUGGACCAAAGAUUGAACAUGAUAUAAGAAAGAAGAAUCAAGAAUAACCUACACAAACAUACAUACUUGCUAAGCACUUACUUGGUCCCUAACCACACCCCCAGCCUCUUUCUCUUAGGCCCCAUUAUUUUGGUCUGAACUGAGUGAUACAUCAUUUACA